CCCUGGCCUACACCCUCAACACCUAGUCCUGGUAUCUUCUAAUCUCCAAGUGCGAUACCCACACUCUACAUCUUAAUCGACUAUUCUUCCGGAGCACUCGUUUUCGCACGUAGUACUCACUGCCACGGACCCAAUUCGUUGACCCCGUAAACAUCAGCGCCAUGGGCGGUGCAGCGGCGACGGAACCGCCUUCAGUCUCCCUCUCAUUCGCAAACAACUUCUGGGGCAAAGAUGACGCUGGCGUCGGCCCCAUGCUCGACCGCAUGCACGCGGCCAAGGUUACAAACGACGAGCUCAAGAGCUUCUACGCCGCACGUGGAGCCAUAGAAGAAGAAUAUGCACGAAAGCUGCUGAGCCUCUCCAAAAAGCCACUGGGCUCCUACGAAACCGGUACGGUGCGACUAUCGUGCGAUGUCAUCCGCGCCGAGGUCGAAUCGAUGGGAAAGGCACACCAGAGCAUUGCGCAGCAAAUGAAGACGGAACUGGAGGAGCCUCUAGCUGCCUUCGCAGGUGGCAUGAAGGAGCGUAGAAAGAUUGUACAGACCGGUAUUGAGAAGCUACUCAAGAUGAAGAUGCAGCAGACGGCGACGGUCAACAAGUCGCGCGACCGAUACGAGCAGGACUGCCUGAAGAUCAAGGGUUUCCUUGCACAGGCACACAUGGUCAUGGGUCACGAGGAGCGGAAGAACAAGGCAAGGUUGGAGAAGACGCAAAUUAAUCUCUCGACCACGAGCAGCGAAUACGAAGCGGCAGUCAAGGUCUUGGAAGAGACAACAGGCCGGUGGAAUCGCGACUGGAAACUUGCCUGCGAUAAAUUCCAAGACCUCGAAGAAGAGCGUAUCGACUACACCAAGAGCAGCCUCUGGAAUUUUGCCAACAUUGCUUCAACUGUUUGCGUAAGUGAUGAUGCUUCGUGCGAAAAGAUGCGCCUGUCGCUCGAAGACUGCGAUGUGGAGAAGGAUAUAACAGGCUUUAUCAAAGAGUCUGGAACUGGCCAGGAGAUACCCGAUCCGCCCAAGUUCAUCAACUUCUGUCGAGGAGAUGCCGAAACCUCAUCGCAAGCUUCCGAGGAUGAAAACUACUCAGUAGCACAAUUUGCGAGGACUAUGAAUCCGGCUUAUCGUGCUUCUUCUCCUGCACCUUCAGCUUUCGAAUCUCAUCACGAUCCAAACAACCCUCUAGCACGAGAGCUGGGGCUUCAAAACGAUACGAAGCCGAUCUCGCAAGACGAAAUCAAUGUGCCGCCACGACAGGCUACGGAGCCUCCUCGACGACAGGCGGAGCCUCUACGACAACAUACAGAGCCUCUACGACAACAUGCAGAGCCGCCACGACAACAUGUAGAGCCCCCUCGCCAACAUGUGGAGCCUCUACGACAACGUCCAGAGCCUCCACGCCAGCAUACAGAGCCACCACGACAACAUGCAGAGCCUCCUCGUCAACAUGUAGAGCCUCUACGGCAACGUCCUGAGCCUCAAAGGCAACACACAGAGCCCCCACAGCCUGUUCAGCAAUCUCAGUCUGCUCGCGGAGUGCAGCCAGAUCCUCGUUUGGUCCAAGCCCAGGAGCAAGCACGCCAGAAUUAUCAGCAGAGUCAAGUACCGCACAACGACUACCCAACGGACGGAAUGACACAGUUCUGCCGCAUUGGCGCACCAUCAGACCGAAGCACUAUUCCGAGCCCAGCGCGUCCUGCUAGUCGAGACUCGCAGAGUGAGUACUCCAACCCUACCUCCUUCUCCAGCAUUGAGCCCCCAAGCGGCUCUGCAUCACCUGGCAAGCCAAUGCCCCAGUCGCCAUUUGCGGAACCCAGUCCUAUUGAGGAGAGCUUGGUACAGAAAAAGAGGGGAUUCUUCAAUAGUCCGUUUGCACGAAGGAAGAGCAAGCACGAGCGAGAACCCCCUAACAUUACCCCGAGCAGCCGCAAUACGUGGGGGGGCCCUGCUGCACGAAAGACGACCGACGAGAACGUGAGCCCAACCAAACAGCUUGGAAGAGGAACUCGCGGCACAAUACUUCAUGACGCACCUCGCUCAGCCAGUCCUGAGCCAGUUGAUCCCCGGGCCAAUUUCCAGUUGAAUGUUGGAAACAAUGUAUUUGACGUAGCUUCGCCUGACAAGAAGAAGCAACAAAAGCAGCAGGAGCCGCAAGAUGACCUGGAUCCAAUUGCACAAGCUCUUGAAGAGCUAAGGGGUGUCACCAAGGAGUCUUCUCUCCGCGUGUCAGCGGACCGCUACCAUGGUCUUGCUACACCCCUAUCACCUGGUACGCCUGCGGUGGGCGCGAACCAGCCUGGUGGUGUACCCACGCCUCUUGCCAACGUUGCUAUAAAUGCUGCGAAGCGAGGCACACCUCCACCAUCGUAUGAGCAACCGCCAAUGUCUCGUCUUGGAGCGCCAAAGCCAGCCCAUACAUCCCGUCAAAUGCAGAAAACAACCGAGAUGUAUGUGAACCAGAAGGUGAAUAUGUUCAGCGGCAGAGACAACUCAAGGCCUCCGGCUCGCAGCCCCACGAAGCAAGAACCCCCACGAGCGGCUUCGCCUGCUCCUCCUCGUGCAACCAGCCCACGACCCAGUCUAUACACAGGACAGCAAGGCUCAUCACAGAAUUCAUAUCGCUCAGCACCACAGCAGCCUCAGUCACCAUCAACUUUCCAGCCUGCGCAGCGAAAGCAGCAGCCCCAGUCGCCAUCAACCUUUCAGCCUAAGCAGCGACAGCAGCAGCAGCCCCAAUCGCCAUCAACCUACCAACCUGCGCAGCGACAGCAACAAGCUUCCCCUGCCGCUACGUAUAACCGAACAGCGUCUCCUAACCCAUACGCUGCUUCCAAUGCCGGAGCCAACCAACCUGCGCAGCGCCAGCAACAGGCUGCCCCUGCCCCUGCCCCUGCCUAUAACCGAACAGCUUCUCCUAACCCGUACGCUGCUUCCGCCGCCGGAACCAGACCACGAGCACAGACUACCACUGCUCCCGCACAGGUAUAUGGUACUCCCGUAGGACGCAACUCCUACUCCUCCACUCGUGGCGCCUCACCAAGUGUCAGCACCAUGCCCCGAGCUGCUUCGCCGCAACCACCUCAGCCCACAUACGCACAAUCUCGCCCACAAUCUCGCGCGGCUCCCAGCUCUCGAGCCGUAAGUCCCCAGCCUCAAUUCCGCCAAGCAUUCGAUCGACCAUCUAGCUCCCGCGGAAGUGACAUGGCGUUACAACUUUCCGAAGCAGGUAGUGAGCGUGGCGAGGGCAGUGUAUACGGCGGAAGCCAGCGUGGAAGAGGCAACGCUCGACCGCAGAGCUCCUAUUUCGGUGGUGGUGCCGGAAGCGAAUACAAUGGAGGAGGAGGAAGCUCCGUUCGGGCGGAGUCAAGAGUCAGGAGUAAGAGUCUGGCGGAGCCGAAGAACUAUAACAGUCAGGGGAGGUUGAUUUUAAAUUAUUCACGUGCUAUGUACUCGUACGCAGCUCAGAUCCCCGAAGAGCUCGCUUUUCAGAAGGGAGACAUUCUUGCCGUUCUCCGCCUGCAAGAUGAUGGAUGGUGGGAGGCUGAGGCUGUGGGGAAGAAUGGAAGGCCUGGUUUGGUGCCUUCGAAUUAUCUCCAGGCCUGUUAGUCGUUAUCCACGAGCAACGAUUAACGAAGAUUGAACGAGGAUAAGGUGGACGAUGAUGGCAUUUAGCAUGUUUUGGGUUUAGCGAUUGUUGCAUUUGCCCUCGCUCCGACCCGCAUCUUGGUCCUUACUGUUUGGCGUUGGGGACUGUGACGAAGAUCUUAUAAGCCCUCGUUUGUUUUAUUGACGGUACGAGUGCAGUGCAGCCAAGUACAUAUGAGUAAAUUGUAUAUAUGACAGUCAUGGUAUAUGAAUAAUAUCUUUCUUCUUCUAAGGACUUUGCCACACCAUGAGUGUCU